AUGCUCUCCCGCUCAGCGACUUCUCCCACCAUCGCUCGAGACUCUUCAUCUCUCGCCGUCAACCCUGGAAGUCCGCCGAAUCUUACCCGUGAUGGAGCAUCCUUACAAUCGCCGCAGCCGUUGUCGCCGCCCUCCCAAACCUCAUCUACUUCUGAUUCGGACCUCAAACACGAACCACUCGUGCAGAAUGAUCCGCAGCCGCGCUUCACAAUCGACCCCCCCGGCCAACUCACUCAUGACAAGACCACGGUGGAUAUUGUCGCCGUGCCGUGUCCCGGUGGGCAUCCGUUACGCAGCUGGAACCGCGAUGGGCUUAUGAGUCGUUACUACGGCGCGCUGUCCAUGAGAGAUGCGGAGGUGAAGGAUGAGAGUGAGCGGCCGUCACCGUCGUGGGUGAGGCAGGGAAUACGACGGGAGGCAGACAAGGCGCGUAUAUUGCUGUAUGAGCAUCCUGGCGUGGAGGAUGGCACGACGCUGAGCACGCUUGCCGAUGCGCUGUUACAGGACUUACAGCAUUUGAGGGAGCUGGAGGAUCAGGAGAGGCCGGUGGUGUUUAUUGGGCAUAGUGUUGGGGGGAUGGUGGUGAAAUUGGCGCUUGUAAAGGCCGGUAGGGAUGCGAGGUAUGAGAAUAUCUUGAGGGAGUGUUAUGGCAUUGCGUUUUUCGGAACGCCUCACCAGGGGUCCAGUUACUUUUCCAUGCCCAGUCUCGCAUGUAGUAUCCAGUCUUUGCUACAGCUCUCUGCACCGCUGCCCAGUUCUGUAACGGAUGACCUGCGCGUGGGCAACAGCUUUCUCAUCCAUAUUGACGAGGACUUCAAAGCAGUAUCCAACGACCUGCAGGUAUGGACGUUUUACGAAACCAUCGACUCGCGUCUCUCGGGGGGAAGCACAAAUUCCUCCGACGCUCGGGACGUGUAUUUCACGGCGCCCCUGACGUCCAUCAAGUCUGCUAUCCUGGGGAUGCGACAGGAGCGCAUCUUCCCCCUGCAGAGCGACCAUGCGAACAUUGCGUCCUUUGGACGACAUAAUGUACACACAUUGCAUUUAUUCCUGAAACAGCUGUCUCAUCAGAUUCACCAUGCCGAUGUGAAUGUUACGGAGGGGGCAGUCACCGGCCCGUGGAAGCUGGGGCUCGAUCAGAAGGUUAAUGUCGAGGUUCAUGGGUUCUUUGACGAUCCGCCGGUGAGCCAGCACCAGGAAGGGGAGGAGAAUGAGUGUCCGACCGUGCGGGCGUGGAGCACGAGAUUACCGCUGAGGGAGUUUCUGAAUAAAGGGCCUGAUGAGUGUUUGAGUGAGCGGUUGAACGAGGUGGAGGGGAGUCCGGACGAGGGCAGGUUUCUGAGGCAUCGCGGCAGGACGUCCCUCAUGUCGAAGAGCAAUGCUGCGCCUACGCCUUUACCCGUCACGGCGCCGGAUCCAUUGACGGUCAAGAACGCCCUCGGCAUACAGGAUACGUUGUCUAGUGCUGGGUUUAUAACGUCCCCUGCGUCGCCGGUAUUUCGACCUGUUGAUUCUCAUAGACAGGUGCCGCAUUCUGCACCGGUGACUACGCCCCUUGGUCCAAUUACGCCGCCCUCACGCGCACUAUCACCAAAGUCGAGUCCUAUGCGUCAUGCGUCGCCGUUGGUACGUGCCGAUUUCGAACAAGACCUCGCGGUUGAUCGACUCUCGCCACCGCUCCGCGGCCGCAUGGGUCGCUCUAUAAGCCGUUCGUUUAGUCUGGGCAGCGACGGAUCUCGCUUCGAGUAUAGAGAUUUUCCGCCGUUUUCGCAGCGCAGUCGUAGCGCGAUGGGAGACGUUCUUGGCAGUGAUGGCGAGGAUCUCGAGUCGCCGAGGCUGCCGGACGCGGUGGUGGCUAUCCGACGGGCAGUCAAGGAUGAGAAGGGGGUGAGUGAGACGGUUAUCGUGGAUGAGGUGCCCAUGGCGUUUGUGAAGCCGGAUGUGAAGAGUAGGAAGUUUGUGUGGGUGCAUGUGCCGUUUAAUAAUCCGACUUGGGUCAAGAGUGUGCUGCAGACGCUCGAGGUGUCGUAUAAGAAGGAUUAUUCGUCGUUAUACGGGCAGGACUUUUGGAUGACGAAGCAUACGAGGGGGAGGCAUGCGCAGCAUUAUGCGUAUUAUGCGAAACCGGGAUGCUACUUUUCUGCUCCUAGGACUUUGUCUCCGCGAAACCGGUCUGUUGGACACCAGUCGCUAUCUCCGCCUAUUCGAAGCGCCGAUUCUACAUAUACAUGCUUAUUUCUGCCAUAUCUGCACUUUGACUCGUACAAGCGCCUGAUUCGACGCCGGGAUACUAUCAUCCAACGACUCUCUCAGGGCAGAGCGCAUCCCGUUCCGGAAGUGGUUGCGAAGUCGGACUCACUGGAGCUUCAAGUCGUCUGGGAGUAUCUCGGGCACGAUCCACCCAUUAAUUGUCGUCGUACACUCGAUCAGUAUAGGUACCCGUCUUUGCGUGAUACACGGUCGCGCGAUGACGAUCAGAUGCUGUACAAGCUCACCAAGGAACGAACGCCUGCUAUUGACCCCAAGGGGUUUGUGCUCAGCAAGCAAGGCUCGAGUAAUGUGGCUGCUUCUGAGAGUGGUGGGAGUGAGCGCAGUUCGGGGAGUAGUUGGAGGGAACGACUUUUGGGGCGAGAUCCUGGCGAUGAGGAGGACAGGGUGUUGAAUGGGAAUGUUUUGAUGGUGGACCAGUUGUGGCUGUGGGUGAUUCAGUCUCAUACGGUGAUAUCUUUCUUCCCUAAACGGGAGAGUGACCCCAUUGAAGGACCGUUGUAUCAGCAGGCCGAUCUGCGAGAUAGUAUCUUCAACGAAGUCAAUGUUGAUCUCACACGGCAGUGCGAGAAUGCGCUUGAUCUAGCUGCCCUUGCUGCCCUACACGCAAUCAGCGUGCUGCUCGAUCGAUCAUCGCACCCAGAUCUCGAAGUAUUCCGAAUCUUUGAAGAAGCCAUCAGCGUGCUUACCGAACGCCUGACCUCAUCACUCAAAGAAUUCCGCUCAGAAGGCUUUCGCGACAAAGCAUUCGACUAUGAGCCCGUCGAAAACGGCGCCCGCAACAUCCGCAAGCGCCACAAGGAAGAAGGUCAACGCGCCGAACGCGAAAACCGCGACAACACAUCCGCACUCCUUGAACUGCGCGACAUUGAAGACGAGCUGCAGACACUGUUACACCUCUUUGAAAGGCAGUCCAAAGUAAUUAUAUCAAUGCACUCCAUCUACAAUCGCCCGGAACUGCGUGAACAAACCGUCAAUGGACGCUCCUUUCUCUCCGAAGCGCUGAAACGCCUCCGCGAAUACGCACAGCAAGCGAAUGAAAUGAUUCAACGUGUACGGUCUACACGGGACGACUACGACAAACUACUGCAAAUGGUCCAGCGGCAAGCCCAAGUCGACGAGGUCCGUCUGAGCAGACUGCAUGCUGAUCUGGCUAGCGCCCAGUCGCGCAGCGUCAUGAUCUUCACGACCUUUACGGUGAUUUUCCUGCCGCUGACCUUCUUCACGGGUCUGUUUGGGAUGAAUACCCAGGAAUGGGGCGGCGAGAAUAACCUGUCCCUGAAAACGAUAGGGUCUAUUGCCCUUCCUUCUAGUGCGUUUUUGGUGCUUGCGAGUCUGGUGAUUGCGUUUAGUACGAGUGCUCGUCGGUUCUUCAGGUGGUUGGACAAGCGGUAUAGACAUGUCGCGCGGUGGAUGUACUUUGAGGUUUGUGCGCCCGUGGUCAUCAAGGCGGUUGAUUUGGGGGGCAGGAUGAGGUGGCGGAGGGGUGGGGAGGAGAGGGAGGGCACGAGGAGGAGGAGGAGGUUGGAGACGGAGGCGAGUGAUUUCUGGGAGAGGAAUCGGCCAGAGAGGGAUAGGGGGUAUAGGAUUCCGGUGGUGAAUAGGCGGAGGGUUUGGGUUGGUGAGACGGGGACGGUGAGUGGGAGGGAGAGGAAGAGCAAGGGCUGA